AUGAAUAAAAUAAAUGAGAUAAUCAAACAGGAUAUUCGUACUUUUUUUGAGGAUGAUGAAGUGUCGAUGUUAUUUCCAGGUAAAAAAGAUUGUAUAACGAAAUAUAAAAUUAAAAAACAAAAAAGAGUUCUAACUGAUACCUUAAAAAAUCAUCAUGUAAAAUUCCUGGGAAAAGUUGAUUACAAAAUUAGUUAUGUGUCGUUUUGGAAAUUAAAGCCAUUUUGGGUUGUACAACAUAAAGUUUCUGAAAGGGACACAUGCUUGUGCAAAGUUCAUGCAAACAUUCAGUUUUUAGUUUUAGCGUUAUUUAAAAAGAACAUCUUUGAUAAUUCUAACAUAAAAGAGUUUGCUCGUCAUGUAUGUUGUCAUAUUGAUAAUGUGGCCUGUUUGCAAAGAAUGUGUGGUAAUUGCAUGGAGUUACAAAUACCGUAUAAUUUAUUUGAAGCAGAUACUACAGUCACCUACUUCAAAUGGCAAGUAAGAAGUGAAAUGUUUACAGACAAAAACAAUAGAACUAGAUCUGUAAAACACACAGUGAAAGAUAAAAUAACUGUUACUGCCAUGGACGCUAUUAACACCUUCAAUGACGAAUUUAUAAAGUUUUUAUACCGCGAAGGAAAUGUAAUUCAUCAGUUUCGUGCCAUAAAGAUGCUGAAGUCAAAACUGAAUCCAUAUGAGGUGUUGAUCCACAGUGACUUCUCAGAAAAUUACUCAAUGAAAUAUUCCACAGAAAUUUAG